GGGGCAGAACUUUACCCUUUGCUCCGGGGACCCUGUGUUUGAUCUUCUCCCCUCUGCCUAGCACGGCUAUAGCACUCCCCCUCUUCUCGCCCGCGACUAAAAUGGCAUCACCCACACCCGCCAUUGCGAUCUGGGCGCCGCUUGCUGAUGUACCAAUAGCGCGACAGGUGUUGACCAAUGAACGCACGCGUUACUAGAGAGCGGGCCGGGGUAAAAGAGAUUCCACCAAUCGUUAGCGCUAUUCUUUGGUUGCUAGGAGACGGUGAACGGAUGGCGCUGGGUGUUGCUGGAGGGCCCCGGCAGAGGGGAGCUGGAGAAGUGCAGCAGAGAUGACUCUCCAUGAUAUGGUGGCUGAGGCAGCCAGCCUGCACUCAGGUAGAAAAGCUGUUUGGUUUGAUGAAUGCAAUGAUGGACCUCCAACUUUCUACACAUAUGCAACAGUGAUUAAACAUGCCAUGGAGUUAACAGCUUUCCUUCAGAAGUACUGUGAUCCUCAAGGAAGGUGUGAGAUAGGCCUUUACUGCUCUCCUGGAAUAAACCUACCAUCUUGGAUCUUAGGAAUCCUGCAGGUUCCAGCUGCUUACUGUCCUAUUGAUCCAGAUGCCCCACCACUGUUAUCUACUUACUUCAUGAGGAAAAGCAAUCUUCAGUAUAUUCUUGUUGAGAAUGACAAAAUAAAACAAUUCCAGACAUCCCAUGUCGGUUGGUUGUCCCACAACUCUUCCACAAUAGAAAGUAUUGGUUUAACUCUCUUCCAAAUGAGUUGGAGCAGUACUGAUGUUGAUUUGCAAGCAGACAGUGUAAAAAGUAAAUUUGAAGCUUUCAAAGUUAUGGAUAACUCACAGCUAGGUGCUCUCUGCCCAGAGCACCUGAAAAUAAAAACAUCGGAAGGAAGACACAAGGAUGUUGGCCAGAAAUGCUCUUUAGCAUACAUCUUGCAUACAUCAGGAACUACUGGGACCCCCAAAGUAGUUAGAGUGCCUCAUGCAUGUAUAGUGCCAAAUAUUCAGCAUCUUAAAUCAAUUUUUGAGAUCACCCAGGAAGAUGUGCUGUUCUUGGCUUCUCCUCUAACGUUUGACCCAUCUGUGGUCGAAUUGUUCAUUGCUCUGACAAGUGGAGCCUCUAUUCUUAUAGUACCAAAUGCUGUUAAAAUGAUGCCUUUGGAGCUGUCUACUGCCCUGUUUAGCCAUCACCAUGUGACAGUGUUGCAGGCAACACCAACACUUCUCAGAAGAUUUGGAACUCACAUUAUUAAAUCAACAGUAUUGUCUGCAAACACUUCGCUCCGAGUCUUAGCCCUUGGUGGUGAAGCGUUUCCCAUACUGAACCUUGUGAAGAGUUGGAAGCACAGGGAGAACAAAACAAGUAUUUUUAAUCUGUAUGGUAUAACUGAGGUUUCAAGCUGGGCCACUUGCUACAGGAUUCCUGAAGAGGUUUUUAGUGCUGAUUUUAGAACUGAUUUCCCUGUCCCUUUGGGAUCACCGCUCCUUGGAACAACGGUUGAGAUCAGAGAUGCCAAUGGUUCUGUGGUUCUAGAAGGCGAGGGACAAGUAUUUAUAGGUGGUGAAGAACGCAUCUGCUUUCUUGACAAUGAGAUAAUUGUACCACAGGGCACAAUGAGAGAAACAGGAGAUUUUGUAAGAGUGCAGAAUGCAGAGAUAUUCUUUUUGGGUCGGAAAGACAAUCAAAUUAAACGUCAUGGCAAGCGUUUUAAUAUUGAAUGUUUGCAGCAGGCUGCUGAAGAUCUUUGUCAGGUAGAAGCUUGUGCAGUAACCUGGUAUCAGCAGGAAAAACUUAUCCUAUUUGUGGUUCCCAAGGGUGAUUUAGAAGAGAGAGAAAUUCUUCAUGAACUCCAAAAACAUCUGCCAGCUCAUGGAAUUCCUGAUGAGCUUGUACAGAUUAAAACUUUGCCUUUAACAUCACAUGGCAAAGUUGAUAUAUCUGAACUGAACAAGAUUUACCACUACCAUCUAAGAUCCAGAAGGCGUGACAGUAAGCUGAGUGGCGCAGAGGAACUGUGGGAAAGAUUGCAGUAUUUAUGGAAGUCCGUUCUGGAUCUCCUAGAUGAUUCAAGUGGAAUUCCUAAAGAUGCAGUAUUUUUGUACAGUGGUGGAGACUCUUUAAAAGCACUGCAGUUUCAUGAUGAAAUUGAGAUGCUAGUAGGCAGAGGUGUGCCUGGGCUCCUUGAAGUUAUUCUCAGCCGCUCAAUUGAGGAGGUUUAUAAGCAUAUUCUUAAAACUCUGUUUCCAGAUGAAGACCAACUAAUAAAUGAUGACAAUGUUUUGAAAAGAAAGCUAAGUAAAAACAGUGGAGAGGAAAUUCACAGAAAAUAUGCUAAACUGAAAUCUGAAGGAUAUCUUAAUGUCGCUCCAGGAUUAAUUUCAUUUAUAGCACUGAGAAGAGGAAAUCAUUUUUUUUCUAUGGAUUUCACCAACUCUUUUAUGCAACCCAGUAGUACAGUACAGGUGGGAGGGGAGUCACUACAACAACCAUCCUUUUUGCGUGCUGUGACUCCAAGUAUAACAAAAAGCCACGUGCAAGGGCAUGAAAAGGAGAACAGGACUUUAACAAUUACCAAUAAAGAAGAGAAAACUGACUGCUGCUCUGUGCAGCAAAUCUGUGCAGAAUGCCAUCAUGUAACAACAGCAGAGUUGGCAUUACGCACAAGAUGGAAGUCAAAUACAAGAAAAUGUGUUGAUGCAUCACCGUUGAUUGUAAUAUCAUCUGAAGAUGAAGAAUCUGCAUCUGUAUUUGUUGGCUCUCACUCUCACACAAUGCAGGCUAUUGAUCUAGAUACAGGAGAAGUGAAAUGGGAGAAGAAUCUUGGAGAUCGUAUUGAAUCUUCUGCCUGUGUAUCGAAGUGUGGAAAUUUCAUUGUUGUCGGUUGUUAUGAUGGCUUAGUGUAUGUGCUCCAAAGCACUGAUGGAGAAACAUACUGGACUUUUGCCACAGAAGACACUGUGAAAAGCUCUGCAGUGGUAGAUCCUUCCAGUGGAUUAGUCUACGUAGGAUCGCAUGACCAGCAUAUGUAUGCUUUGGAUAUUUAUGAAAAGAUGUGUGUAUGGAAAUUGCAUUGUGAAGGUGGAGCUGUGUUUUCAUCUCCUUGUCUGAGCUCUUUUCCACAUCACGUUUAUGUUGCUACACUAGGAGGACUGUUACUGGCUGUCAACCCGGUGACAGGGAAUAAGAUUUGGAAGAGUUUUCUGGGAAAACCACUUUUCUCUUCUCCUCACUGCAAUGAGAAGUGUGUUUGUAUUGGAUGUGUGGAUGGAAACUUAUACUGUUACAGUCAUUGUGGAGAAAAGGUUUGGCAGUUUUCCACUAAUGGACCAGUGUUUUCAUCUCCGUGCAUCUCAAGCUUAACUAAGCAAGAAGUAUUUUUUGGAUCCCAUGAUCACUUUAUUUACUGUUGUGAUACAGAGGGUGAUUUACUGUGGAAAUUCAAAGCCACUUCAAGUGUAUAUGGAACGCCAUUUGUUUUCCAAAGUAAUGACUCAAAGAACAAAGUUCUUUUGGCAGCAGUAUCUACAGAUGGCAAAGUGUGGAUCUUGAACGCUAGGAGUGGAACAGCAGAAGGAACAGAUACGCUUCCAGGAGAGGUUUUCUCAUCACCUGUAGUAUGGGGAACAAAGCUUGUUGUUGGCUGUAGAAAUGAUUAUGUUUAUUGCCUAGAUUUGUACAUAACAGGAAAAAAGGAACAAGGAUGUUAGACUGCUGCUGCUUAAUUGUUUACAUUUGUAAAUUAAGAACUUGAAGGCACUGUCUACCUCUCUGCCUAUUUUGCUUUAGGCAAAAGCUGCUUUGUGCAGCUUUCUCAACAUUUUGCACCAUUGCAAAUGCAGGUAAGUGAUGUUUGUUGGCUUGCUGUACUGACUGAAGGAUGACUGCUCAGCACUAGCCACAGGUUUCACUGUCCCUCCCUCAUUUCCCUGCCCAGACUGAAGAAAGAAAGAAAGAGUGUUUCAAGUUGUUUGGAUCUGAGCGUUGUGCUUUUACCUGUGUAGCAGGAAAAUGAAAGUCAGUAGUUUGGCUUCAAGUACUUAUAUGGCUGGAAGAAACUCUGGUAAGGUGCCACACUGUGUGACUGGAAUUAACAUUCUUGUCUCCCUGAGGGAGGAAUGUAUUCCUUUCUGUGAAUCCUAAGAUGCUAUAAGGUAGCCAACAUUCUUUGUUCAGUCUAACUUUAAUUGAUUUCUGAGGAGGUAGCCUGCAUUCUAUGUACAUAAUUAAUAUUAAUAAUCUACAGCAAGUUGGGGCCCUCCCUGGCUUCACUUCAGCUGAGUCUCUAUUUUUCUCUAUGGAAAUCAGCACUAGUCACUUACUGUAUUCUAAAGUGUCUAUUAGGUGUCAGUGACAAUUCCCAUAUGAGUUCCUAGAUGAGGUAUGCUGUGUUCAAAUCAAAGCCUGCCAAGCUAUUUUUGAAGAAAUUUCAAUUAAUGCUAACUGUAGUGUUUACAGAGUGCUAUUCAUAAGGGAUUAUAUAGGUUUUUUUGUUAUCAUAAACAUCUUAAAAAGAAUUACUGUCAGUAAUGCAAAGCAAGGAUUUGCAGACAGAAGUACUCUUAACUCAAGAGUAUCUUCCUGAUUACAAGCCUUCUUAAAAAGCUAUUGUAGAAGCUAUCAGUCAUCUCUCCCCUUCUUGAAUCAUCUACUUCAAAUUCUAACAUUCUGAGUUAGUUAAAAAGUAAGUAGAAGUUGCAGAGGCUACAUUACAUGUCUCAUUCAUCCAUUUUACUAUUAGGAGACAGGCACAGGCAGGACACUUGUGGUAGCAGAAGUUCUGUUAUAAAGCAAACCUGAAGUACACAGACAGCAAAAAGAGACACAGAAUUGAUACAUCCCUGAUAAUUUUGACUGGGUUAUAGUUUAAUUAGAAUUAAAAUGACAUUAGUAUAAUAAACAAUUGCACUUUAAAACAUUUGAAAAAUUAAAAAAGUACACAACAAAUACCCCACAAUUAUACAUCUUAUAGGUUUUUUUAUACAUUACUAUAUGAACAUAGAGGUUAAUCAUAUAUAACCUGGUCAGAAGAAAUGCUAUUAAUGUGUAUAAGUUACAAAAAUUGAGACAAUAUACUACAUAGUGGUUUGUUUGGUUUUUAAAACAUUUUUGUGUUUUAAAGUCGGAAGUAAUGGUUUGUGGUGGUUGGGUUUUAUUUGUUGUUGCGUUGUUGUUUUUAAACAGAUUUCCAACACUUUAUCAGAAACAGCUGCAACAAAGCUAAAGCAAAGUAACACUUCACUUCAUUGGUAUUUAGUGCAAAUUUUUGUUAGUUUAUCAUGAAAUGUCACUGUUGAACAUGUAUGUUUUAGAAAUGUUUCCAUCAGGUUCUGUACGUAAUACACGUACAAUCUGAAUUACACUAGAUACCUUUAUGGUUGAAAAAACAAUCUGGUUUGAAGCUUAAGCUUAAGACUUUCCUUAACAAAAGCUCUGUUCUAUGUGCUUUAAGUGUAUUGUAUUGGAAAAUUGCAUCGUUAUGUCACACACAAUAGCACCUCAUUAUGCUAUGCUGUCUGGAAUACUUCAAUCCUGAUUUACUUCACCUUCUCUGUAUUAAACCUGUAUCCCUAUCCCAAGGAAUAAUCCUAAAGACAGAUUUCAGGCAGUUUAGUUCUUGUAACUAUAAAUACAUAUUGCAGGCUUACAAAAUUCACAAAAAGAAUAGAUUUAAGAAGUAGUAAUUCAUGCUGCUAGCAGAAAUAAUUAAGGGCCAGAUUCUUUCCUCAGAAAAUUCUUUGCAGAGAUUUUACUAUGUAGCAGUAAGUGUUUUUUUUUUCCCAAAUGUUUGAGAACAGCAUUGCCUCAUCUCUGUAUAAAAGAUUCUAAAUACUUACAUUAAUGGAAAAAAUAUUACUUCACAGGUUUGGGUUUUAAAUAUGAAAAUGAGCAAAAGUGAUGGCUUAGGAGGCUCAAAAAAACAGUCUUGCUGUGUUCUCAUCAUCUCCAUCUACCAUGUCCCAUGUGUUUGUGCUGUUGUAACCACAGUAGCAAACCUUUGCUACUUUCUGUUUGAUGGGAAACAGGGUGUUCAGUAACAAUUUUACCAUCGAGCCCUUUUUGAUUCUUGGGAUGGGAAUUCAUGGCAGAUUUCAUUCUGUUUUCUGCAUAAUUUAAAGUGCUGCUGCUCAUGCUGCAUACAGCAGUUUGGCUAAAGUAUUUCCAUGAAAUGCACAUGGUAUCAUUCUAUAACGAUACAACUUCUUUCCAUCAAAAUUAUCACUCUUUAUCGUGCAUUAGGCCUAAAGUGCCUCUGAGCCUUACCAUUACUAAGAGAUCAUCAAAUUUAUUGAAUACGGCCUUGUAAAACCUUGCUGGGCAUGUUACAGGUUUGUUAACUAGGGUGACUUUUAAAAACAUAGACAUAGCUAUUUCCAUGGGAUAUUAAGGAUAAUAAAAUUUUUAUUAUAUUAUGGACUUUAUCCUUUUUUUGCAAGAGGAAGGCAGUGAACACCACUAUUUUAGGUACAGAGAAGUAAUAAAGUAUCUGCCACAGCAGGUAAGUGAACUGUGGGCAGUAAGUCAGUGCUCACUUAAGGAUGGUAAGUAAACCUUUUCAAAGUGUGCUGUCUGUAUUGGUCAAAGUGCAGGAAUUUACCUGAAAUACCCAAAGUUGCAUGUGAAGUAAAACCAGGAGAAAUGCAGAGCUGAAACUCUAGAGAUGUUCAUUGACCUAGCUUUCAGGUCUCAGUUAACUUUAACUUCAGUUAUGUGGUCUUGCUCCUGUGGGAACUUCCUGAGACCAACUCUGUAAGUAUAGGAGCACAGGAAUAGUUUUACUUACUUUAGUCCCAGUCACAGAAUUUAAAGUUUUAAUCUGCAGUUGCUGUCUCUGCAUGUUAAAUGUGGCGAAGCACACAGUGAUGCACUUAAAUGACUACGGUAAAUACUGACUCCCUGGUUUGUGGAAUCACCUAAGUUGGAAACAACAUUCAAGACCAUGAAGUCCAACCAUCAGCCUGACCUACAAAGGCCCAUCACCAAGCCAUGUCACUUACUGCCAUAUGCACACAAUCCCAUAGAUGGCUCCAGCAGCAGGAACUCCACCGCUUCCCAGGACAGCCCAUUCUGUGGAACAUUCUUCCUAAAAUCCAAGCUAAGCCUCCCCAGCGCACCUUGAGACUGCUUUGUCACGUUCUACCACUUGUCACUUGAGAAAGGAGUGACAUUCAUUGCUGCCACCUCCUUUCAGGUCGUUGCAGAGCAGAGGCUUCUUUCUAAAAACUUGCUGACUUCGGCUUAAUUAGUAAUUUUUUUUUUUUCGAAGUUGGAUGAAUUGUUUUCUUCUUAGGACUAAGAGAAUAUUAACACAAUAACCCUACAAUAAAAAAAAUUACUUCAGCAUUCGAACCACCUUUCCUAUUGCAGGUGGACAGAAGUCUACCAAGGUUCUUCAUUAGGUAAGACACUUCUAAAUAGCAGGUAGAACUACUGACAGUUCAUACAGUUUAACGCUUGAGAAAAUUUAGAAGAGAAGGGAACAUGCAUCUUGCAUUGAUUUUCAGCAAUGGACUGCUGAAAAACUUCUGAGAUUUCCACUUAACUGUAGAGAUCUAAAACUCCAAAGCCAAAUUCAAGAGAAUUCAAGGAGCUACUGAAGUUCUGCCCCUUGUUAUGAUACUUGCUAACAUUUACAUCCAGUAUCUGAGCAUUUUUGAACUUUUGAGAGAGACUGGCUCUGAAAUUUGUGACCUCACUUAGCUAUUUGUCAAAGCAAUGGAAUAUAUGACUUGAAUAGGCUUUACAGUGAGCUAGAGCAAAAUGGUAAUCGAUUCAGUUUCCAGUCCUCCAAUACAUGCAUUUUCAGUUUU